CAUAACUACCAACACCCAACUCUCUCACUAUUAAAAAUCCAUCUCAAUCUCACUUUGCUUCCAUUUCCCACAGUACUCUUAGCCUUCACCCACAAAAAAAAAUGGCAGCUAAGCACACCAUAACCAUUGUUGUUGCCACCAUCUUUGUACUAACAUUCUGCAGCUGCAUGGCCGCACAGGCACCGGCACCUGGGCCGGCAGCCGUAGCCUUUGGGCCAUCUGCAGAGGCACCGACUCCGGACUGUGUGAGCAACUUGUAUAACUUGUCGGAUUGCUUGACGUACGUGCAGGCUGGGAGCAAUCUAACGAAGCCAGAUAAGCCUUGCUGUCCAGAGUUGGCAGGUCUUGUCGAGAGCGCUCCUCAAUGUUUGUGUUAUUUGUUGGAUAAGAACGCAACUGCAAGCUAUGGGUUCAACAUUGAUAUGAACAGGGCUCUUAAUCUUCCUGCUGUUUGUCAUGUUUCUACUCCCCCUGUUAGUCUCUGCUCAGUCAUCAGUGGAGCACUUGGAGGCCCAACCCCAAGCGAAGCACCUAUGUCAGCGGGUCUUGCCCCACAAGGAUUCGCUGCCAGCCCUCCAAGUGGAAACAGCGAUGGAGCUUUAACCAUUGCAGUCUCUGGUCUAGCUUCCCUCGUUGCCUUGGCAGUUGCCUUUCUUCCCACACUUUUUGGGAUUUAAUUCUCUCAUAGUUGAACUUAAUUUUCUCCAUUAAUCAUAUACUGCAUUAUAUAUAUAUAUGUAUGUCUAGUAUUUUUUUUUUUGAGAGAGAGAGACAGAGAGGAGAGA